GGAUUUUUUUCGUAAUUUGACCAUACAUCAGGGGUGUGGUUGUAAUUUAGCCUUAAAUUUAAAUAAAAAAAAAUGUCGAUAACCCCAAACAAAACCAUCAAAUCUGUGAUCAGCAAAGAGGCGGCGGCGGCUCCUCCACCAUAAGUCAAAUUUCCGCCCUUCCUCCUCCCUUCCCCCACCGCCAACAUAUAUAUAAACAAACUCAAAAAUCCAUUUUUCUCUCUUCUUUUUUCACACACAACACACAUUAACUAGUUAACUAAAAUGGAGACGGAGGUGAUGGCCCCCUCCUCCUCCACCUCCGCCACCCCCUCCGCCGUCGCCGCCGCUGAAUUCAACUUCGACAGCACGUGCACCACGCCGUACAUAAGCGCCUCCUCCAGCCCCCAGCGCUUCCCCACUACCUUCUACAGCCUCCCCGCCAGCCCAACCCGCAUCUCCGCCUUCUACCACCAGUUCCACGACGGCGCCGCCGCCGCCGACGACUCCAUGUCGUCAGUCCCCUUCCACUGGGAAGAAAAACCCGGAACACCCAAAUCCACCGCCGCCAUCAGCUCCACCGCCUCCUCCAACUACGGCGACGCCGACCAAGAACUGAACGACGCCGAUUUCGCCUUCGACUUCAGCGGCCACUUCAGCUCUUUACCCGCCGACGAACUCUUCGACGGCGGCAGAAUCAAACCGCUGAAACCACCCCCAAAGUUCCUGUACGAUCAAAACAGACCCCUGGACUCUCCUAAAUCACCAAAAUCACCCAAAAACUUCAUCAUAGAGGCAUUUUCACCCCGCAGAAACAGACCCGCCGAUGAUUUCGACCCCUUCGCCGCCGCCAUCGAUCAAACCCGCAAAGAAAAACUCCAUGAGAACAACAAAACCGACAAAAGAGGAAGAGAGCAUUCUAGAACAACAAACAAUAACAAAGGUUCAAGAUCCGUUUCCCCACUCCGAGUCUCCGAUCUCUUAUUCGACAACGACGACGACGACGACGAACACGAACAACAACAACAACCCACUAAAACCAAUCCACCAUUAUUAUCAUCCUUUUCUUCAUUCUGGUACAAAAAAUGGAGGAUCAAAGACCUCCUACUUUUCAGAAGCGCAUCCGAAAGUCGGGCCAAAGACGAAGAUGAACUCAAGAAGUACACUAUGUUAAGAAAACCACCUCCGCCGCCACCGCCUCCGGCGGCGGCGGCGGAGGCGGCGCCGCCGCCGCAGGAAGAGGUGAAGAACUCGAGUUUCAGAUCGACGGAAAGCGUGGGAUCGGUUUCGAGCAGGAGGAGGACAUCUGGGCCGGCGAUAUCGGCGCACGAACUGCAUUAUACAGUAAACAGAGCGUUGUCGGAGGAAAUGAGGAAGAGAACAACGCUGCCGUAUAAAAGGGGGUUUCUGGGUUGUCUAGGGUUUCAUCCGACAGUUUCUGAAAUGUCGAAAGGAAUUGCGCCGAUGUCAAAUGGUUCUUUGUCUCGUGGCUGA